ACGGAGAAAGUACCAAUGGGGUUUCCUUUAAUGGUGCUGCUCUUGUGUGCCCCGGCAUUGCGCGUGGGGGAGGGGCCGGCUUCCGCCCUGGGGUGCGAGCAUCUCCUCCUGACAGUUACCCACCCCGGGAAGAGAAACUCCAGCGUGGACCCGGGUCCAGGGCGCAAGGGAGACGGAGCGCCGCGCAGGGGCGGGCGCCGGCGGCCCUGGCGGGUGCAGCAUCCCCAAGCACGGUCUCCUAGAGACCGCAGCGCGCGCGGGCUCCGCAGCGGUUGUCCAGGCGACGGCGCGGCGCGGCGAGGGCAUCCCCGCGGCCCCUCCCCUGGGCGUGCGCGCGACCUGGGCGCCAUGGCGGCGGCGGCGGCGGCCCCGAGACCGGAGGCCGUGAGUCCGCAGUGGGCGCCGCCUGGACACGAGCGGGCCCGUACCGCCGCGGGGCUGGGCGACUGCGAGGACGCGCCGGUCCGGCCGCUGUGCAAGCCCCGCGGCAUCUGCUCGCGCGCCUACUUCCUGGUGCUGAUGGUGUUCGUGCACCUGUACCUGGGCAACGUGCUGGCACUGCUGCUCUUCGUGCACUACAGCAACGGGGACGAGAGCAGCGACGCCGGGCCCCAGCACCGCGCCCAGGGCCCCGGGCCCGCGCCGACCCUGGGUCCCCUCGCCCGGCUGGAGGGCAUCAAGGUGGGGCACGAGCGUAAGGUCCAGCUGGUCCCCGACAGAGAUCACUUCAUCCGAACCCUCAGCCUCAAGCCGCUGCUCUUCGAGAUCCCUGGCUUCCUGAGUGAUGAGGAAUGUCGGCUCAUCAUCCACCUGGCCCAGAUGAAGGGGCUACAGCGCAGCCAGAUUCUGCCCACUGAAGAAUACGAGGAGGCAAUGGGCGCGAUGCAGGUCAGCCAGCUGGACCUCUUCCGGCUGCUGGACCAGAACCACGAUGGUCGCCUGCAGCUCCGUGAGGUCCUGGCCCAGACUCGCCUGGGAAAUGGACGGUGGAUGACUCCAGAGAACAUUCAGGAGAUGUACUCUGCGAUCAAGGCUGACCCUGAUGGUGAUGGAGUGCUGAGCCUACAGGAGUUCUCCGACAUGGACCUUCGGGACUUCCACAAGUACAUGAAGGGCCACAAGGCGGCAUCCAGUGAGCUGGUGCGGAACAGCCACCACACGUGGCUUUACCAGGGUGAAGGUGCCCACCACGUCAUGCGUGCGAUCCGCCAGAGGGUGCUACGCCUCACCCGCCUGUCACCUGAAAUCGUGGAGCUCAGCGAGCCACUGCAGGUCGUGCGGUAUGGCGAGGGAGGCCACUACCAUGCCCAUGUGGACAGCGGGCCUGUGUACCCGGAGACCAUCUGCUCCCAUACCAAGCUCAUAGCCAAUGAGUCUGUACCCUUCGAGACCUCCUGCCGCUACAUGACAGUGCUGUUUUAUUUGAACAACGUCACCGGUGGGGGCGAGACUGUCUUCCCUGUAGCAGACAACAGAACCUACGAUGAAAUGAGUCUGAUUCAGGAUGAUGUUGAUCUCCGUGACACUCGGAGGCACUGUGACAAAGGGAACCUGCGUGUCAAGCCCCGGCAGGGCACAGCAGUCUUCUGGUACAAUUACCUGCCUGAUGGACAAGGUUGGGUGGGCGACGUGGAUGACUACUCGCUGCACGGGGGCUGCCUGGUCACAAGUGGCACUAAGUGGAUCGCCAACAACUGGAUCAACGUGGACCCCAGCAGGGCACGGCAGGCGCUAUUCCAGCAGGAAAUGGCGCGCCUUGCCCGCGAAGGCGGCACCGACUCUCAGCCAGAGUGGGCUCUGGACCGGGCGUACCGCGACGCGCGCGUGGAGCUCUGAGGGGAGCGUCGGCGCAGUCCGCAGCCCCAGGCCGCCCACCGCCCCACGUCGGGGCACCUGCGGUCUCCCUGUCCAGAUGCAGGCCAAAGACCUGGCCGAUGUCUUGCCCUAUCCCCGCCACCAACCGCGAUUAGGGCACAGUUCCUAUAUUCGUGUUAUUUAUUGUGUAUAGACCCAUGCUGCCCCCACCCCAAAUAAAACUACACGGCUUCGAGCCGCCGGGCCGAGAAGCCA